AUGGCGAAGAAGAGUUAUAUAGAAGUCAAAAUAUUUGGAAAAUCUUUGGCUGAAUUGGAAGAGGAUGGUUAUGAUUUGGAGAGAAUUUUGGUGAAUUUGGGAUGCCGAAAUGUAUUGAUAUCUGAAGUCGCUUAUGAUUCCGAUUCCGAUUCGAAUGAGAUAUUGGAUGAAACAAUGCUAAUUGAGACAAGUAUGCCACGUCAUCAAUCGUCUGAAAAUCAAUCUGGAAGUUCGGAACAACAACAAUCUGAAAAUAGUUUCUCGGAAAACUCUUCCAGUUUAUCAUGUGAGAGAAUACCAAGGUGUUCAACUCCUCGAAUUUCUGGAUUUGUUCCAAGUUUGUGGCUAUCAAAUGUAAUAUCACGGAUAAACUCGAGGGAAAAUGAGAAAGAUGAUCAAAUUGGAAAUUUGCUUGAGUGUUUAAUUAAUAUUGUUGUUGAAACUGAAAUUGAAAAGUAAGUUGGUUCAUUUUUUAUUUAAAAAAAUUAGCUAUUUCAGCACAAUUUUGAAUAAUGAUAGACUUCUGGAAACUUCGAGUCAAAUAUUCGCCGAGCUGGAACCGGUUUUCUUCCAACAUCUAGAAAUGGCAAAUUUGCGUGAAAAAGAAGAAAACUUUGAAAGAAAUAAGGAAGAAGAAGACAUUUGGCAGGAUAUUCAACAAGAAUUUGAAUUGGAAGUGGAUUCUGAAAAUAAUAUUCAAAAUCUAGUUGAGAACAAUUUCGAAAGAAAUGAGGAGGACGAAGAAAGCCGACAAGAAUUUGAAUUGGAAGAGAAUUAUGAUUCAGAAAAUAAUAUUCAACCCCAAGUUUCAAUUCAAAAAUCAAUUGAAGAAAAUGAGGAAGAAGAAGUCUGGCAAGAUGUUGGACAAGAAUUGGAAGAAAAUAUUCAACCCCAAGUUUUAAUUCAAAAAUCAAUUUCAAAAAAUUUAUUUGCUCAAACCGCAGUUUACUAUACUAUCAAAUGUGAAUUUGAGGUUUGAAAAGAAACAAAUCUAAAGCUAAUCAAAAAUUUUCUAAAGAAUUGCGAGAAAAAAUACAAUUGGCGACCAAAAUUUGGGAAAUUACGAUUAUUCGAUCACGCAAUGACACAUUUAGGAAAUGGUAAAAUAUCGUGUAAUUUGUGUGAAUAUAAAGGAUAUUUACGUGCACUUCGAGUUCAUAUUCAUUCGAAACAUUCAGAUGAAAAUGAUGAAAAUAUAUCGAUUCAAGAGUGAGGUUUUAUUUUGGAUAUUUAUCAAUAGCUUUUUCUUUUUUUUUUUGCAGAAUAUUUUUGAGAAAUGAGAUGAAAAAAAUAUGGGAGAAAUGUUUCUUGAAAAGUCUCGACCUUGUUGGAAAACCUUAUGUAUUGGCUAACGGAAAAUUGAGAUUUAGAAGAAAAUAGAAUCAUUUUAUGCACUGAACCUAAUAUAGAAUUUUUAUGUUGCAAUUGAAGAAAUCAUGUGAAUAAUGUAGUUUUGUUUUAUUUUUUUUUGAUUUAUUCAAUGAUCAAAUAGUCAUUGGCUAUUUAUUAUAUCUCAUCUCAUUGAAAAUAGAUUUUUUUUUUGAUAAUUAAUUAAUUAUUUUUAAUUAGAUGGAUAACUGGUUGAAUUAUAUUCAAAUAAAUGUAUAUGGAAAACGAAUGGAAGAAUUGAAUGGAAUUUACAGUUUCUUGGUGAGAUAUUCAGAUACAUUUUUGUGAAAAAUUAUGUUUUUUUCAGAAUACAAUUGGAUGUGACAAAUUUUGGAUGGGAGAAGUUCCGAUGUAUCGAGGAGAUUCGGAUUCUGGAGUUGAUAGUAGUUUCGAAGAUACUGAAAUUCUCAAUAAAACUAAAAAUCAAGCGAUUCAGAAAUUUCCAAGAUGUUCGACUCCACGAGAUUCUAGAAUUGGAAGAACUUUUACACUUGGAGCAUCGCAAUUAUUGUCGAAAAUUGCAUCGGAAACUUCGACUGAAGAAUUUCUUGAAAUUAGUGGAUCGAUAAAUCAAUCAAUGGAAAUAAUAAUGGAAAAUAAUGAGGAGACUGAAGUUAUGCCAAUUUCUGAUAGUUUUGAUAUUCAACACAAGGAUAUUGAUGUUGUUUCAAAACCUGGAUUUGAAAAUGAUUUAUCGAAUUUCGAAGAUUGUAAUCAAUUGGAAAUCGAUGAAGAAAUUGAAAAUAGAGAAGUUGUUGAUGAUUUUGGUGUCCAAGAACAAGAUUUAGAAAGUAUCUCGAAUCUUCUUAAAUCUGUUGUUGAAAUUAUUUGUGAAACUGAAACCGAGUGUGAUUCAUCGAUUUUUGAAGAUUGUCAGAAUCUUACAUUUGCUUCUGUUUCUUCUGAUUUCAAUUCGUGAGUUUUUUAUAUUCAAUAAUUAGUAACUUUAAAAUUUACAGAAUUGCUAAAUCUUCUGGGGAACUUCCAACAUUCUAUGGACCACAUCCAGCUGUGAGACAUUCUGAAAUUGAAACAAAACCGACAGGAAAUAUAAUAGAGACGAAACCAAGAAUUCUGACAAAUCGAAGAGUUCAAAAUUUGAAAAUUCCGGAAAAAUCAAUUGAAAAUGAAAAUGAAAAAGAAAGAAAACCAUUGAAAAGAACAACAUCUGAAAUUCGAAGAAAUCGAAGAAAAGCAAUGAAAUUAUUGAGAAAUAAUACUGUUGUUCCGAAUUUUGAUCAACCACAGUCAUCAAAUCAAUUUGAGACCAAAAUCUCAAUUCCACGAGUAAAAUCUCGAAUUUCUGAAAUGGAUUACGAUAAUCUAUCAUAUCAAAGUAUUCCGGAACAAUUUGAGAAUCAAAAUUCAACACAUUUUCCAAUCUCUGAUGAUUCUGAACGAGUUUUCACAGAUUUGACACCAUUUACAUCGGAUGGUGAACAAUAUUGUGAAAUUGAACAAGAUUUCUUUGAAAUGGUUGAAAAUCGAUUGAAUUCUGGAAGAACAAAUCAAAAUGAGGAUAGUUUGAUGUAUAAUAAUAGUGAAGAAGGUGGAAAUGAACAAGAAAGUUGGGUUGAUCAAGAUAUUGAAUUAGAUUUGGAUGAAGAAGAUAUAGGUGGAAUUGAAGAAGUUAUUAAAGAUGAGGAGGAAGAAGAAGAGAAAAUUAGAAGUGGAAGUUCGAGAAAAGAAUCGGAAGAUGAUCAAAAUGAUAGUCUUCUCAGUGCGGCUGUCAAUGAUUUAUCUGAAAAUGAAAAUGAAGAGGAAGAACCCGAAAUUCCCAAAAAACGAACGGUGAGGAACUAAGGGAAUAAUUUAAAAAUUAUAGAGUAUUUUCAGAGAAAGGCAAAAUAUACGGAUGAAGAAAAUUCUGCACGACAUGCUGUUCAUAAUAUUAAAUGUGAAUUUGAGGUAUGUACAGAUAACAAAAAUAUUAUAAUAAAUAUAUUAAUUUAUUAAUUUUCAGGAUUGUGAAAUGGAAUACAAAUGGAAAUUGAAAUAUGGUAAAAUUCGGUUGAUUGAUCAUUCGAUGAAACAUUGUCAAACUAGGAAAUAUUGCUGUAAUUUUUGCGAUCUCAAAUUUGAUACAUUACGAAUUAUUAGGAGACAUGAAAUUCGAGAACAUCCCGAUCAGCAAAAUGGUCAAUUUAAAGUCAAAGAGUAAGAUUUUUUGAAUUAUUUAUCUGAAAUGAGAGAAAACUUGUGUUUUUCAGAGUUUUGAAAACAAAAAUCGACCAUUUAGAAUUGAAAAAUAUUUGGGAGAAAUGUUACAAAUGUGAGUGAUUUUUAAAAACAAAUAAUUAAAAUUGAAUUUAAAAAUAUCAGACCUUCUUUCAGCGAAUCUCAAAAUUGUCGGUUUUCCCAGAAAAUAAUCAUGUGAAUAAUUUAUCUGUAAAUUUUUGUUAAUGAAUGUUUUUUUUUUCAAAUUUUUUAUAUUAUAAUUUUAAUAGUUGUUGACUAUUUUCUAAUAUCUUUGGGCAGAUUUUUGAUAAUUAAUUAAUUAUUUUUAAUUAGAUGGAUAACUGGUUGAAUUAUGUUCAAAUCAAUUUAUAUGGAAAGCGAGUGGAAGAAUUGAACAUCGAUGGAAUUCGCGAAUUUUUGGUGAGAUAUUCAGAUACAUUUUUGAUUUAAAAAAAAUUAUCGAAUUCUUAUGUUCUUUCAGAAUACCAUUGGAUGUGAUAAAUUUUGGAUGGGAGAAGUUCCGAUGUAUCGAGGAGAUUCUGAUUCUGGAGUUGAUAGUAGUUUUGAAGAUACUGUGAUUCUGAAUACAUCAAAAAAUCUAGAAGAUCAGAAAUAUCCGAGAUGUUCGACACCAAGAAUUUCAAAAAUUGGAAGAACUUUUACACUUGGAGCAUCGCAAUUGUUGUCGAAAAUUGCAUCGGAAACUUCGACUGAAGAAUUUCUUGAAAUUAGUGGAUCAAUAAAUCAAUCAAUGGAAAUAAUAAUGGAAAAUAAUGAGGAGACUGAAGUUAUGCCAAUUUCUGAUAGUUUUGAUAUUCAAAACAAGGAUAUUGAUGUUGUAUCAAAACCUUUAUCGAAUUUUGAAGAUUGUAAUCAAUUGGAAAUCGAUGAAAAUAGAGAAGUUGUGGAUGAUUUUGCGGUCGAAGAAAACGAUUUAGAAAGCAUCUCAAAUCUUCUGAAAUCUGUUGUUGAUAUUAUAUGUGAAACUGAAACCGAGUGUGAUUUUUCGAUUUUUGAAGAUUGUGGAAAUGCUUCAUUCCAAAAUGUUGCUUCCAAUCAACAAUUGUGAGUUCUGAAAUUUCCGGAUCAUAUAAGAUCAACGGAAAUGAAUCGCAGAAUAGGCCCCCACCAAUAAGUAAAACUCUUCACCGAGUCCCCACUCAAUGGAAGUGGGGACCUAAAAUGAUUAUGUGGGGACUCAUUUCUGGAUGGGGACCUAUAUUGGGGUGGGCUUAUAUUUGUAUGUAAUUUUAAUAGAGUUGUGAGCUUUUAUUUCGAUCAUAGGGUAUUUCGGAAAAAAGGUCCCCACCACUAUCAUUUUGAGCCCCCACCAACGAGAUUUCUGACCAUAAAAAGGUGGAGUGGGGACCUAAAAUGACAUUGGUGGGGAACUGUUCUACGAUUCACUAAAAUCAACUAAUUUUAUUUACUUCUAGAUCUCCGAAAAUCACACAAAUCAACAUUGAACCGAAAGUUUUUAUGAAUCAAUUGGAAGUUGUUGAUGAUUCGGGUGAUCAAGAUCAAGAUUUAGAAAGUAUCUCGAAUCUUCUCAAAUCUGUUGUUGAUAUUAUUUGUGAAACUGAAACCGAGUGUGAUUUAUCGAUUUUUGAAGAUUGUCAGAAUUUAUCAUUUUCUGCGGAUAUUUCGGAUUUCAAUGCGUUAGUUCUUUUUUUGAAAAUGUUUAUUUUUUUGUACAAUGAAUUCGGGAUUUUUUAUAGUAAUUUGAAAAUUUACAGGGAUCUUCCAACAUUCUAUGGACCACAUCCAGCUGUAAGACAUUCUGAAAUUGAAACAAAACCAACAGGAAAUAUAAUUGAAACAAAACCAAGAAUUUUGACGAAUCAAAGUGUUCAAAAUUUGAAAAUUCCGAAAAAAUCAAUUGAAAAUGAAAAAGAAAGAAAACCAUUGAAAAGAACAACAUCUGAAAUUCGAAGAAAUCGAAGAAAAGCAAUGAAAUUAUUGAGAAAUAAUACUGUUGUUCCAAAUUUUGAUCAACCACAAUAUUCAAAUCAAUUUGAGAGUAAAGUCUCAAUUCCACGAGUAAAAUCUCGAAUUUCUGAAAUGGAUUAUGAUAAUUUAUCAUAUCAAAGUAUUCCCGAACAAUUUGAAAAUCAAAAUUCAACACAAUUUCCAUUGUUUGAUGAUUCUGAACGAGUUUACACUGAUUUGACACCAUUUACAUCGGAUGGAGAACAAUAUUGUGAAAUUGAACAAGAUUUCUUUGAAAUGGCUGAAAAUCGAUUGAAUUCUGGAAAAACAAAUCAAAAUGAGGAUAGUUUGAUGUAUAAUAAUAGUGAAGAAGGUGGAAAUGAACAAGAAAGUUGGGUUGAUCAAGAUAUUGAAUUGGAUUUAGAUGAAGAAGAAGACAGAGCUGGAAAUGAGGAAGAAGAAGAAAACAUCGGAGGUGAAAGUUCGAGAAAAGAAUCGGAAGAUGAUCAAAAUGAUAGUCUUCUUAGUGCGGCUUUGGAUGAUUUGUCUGAAAAUGAAGAGGAAGAGGAAGAUGAGGAAAAAGUUGGAAUUCAAGUGAACAGAAGACAAAAAAGAUGUAAUAUUGGGAAGGUGAGGUUGAUUUUUUGUUUGAAAAUCAGAAAAAUAAUAUUGUAAUUUUCAGGCUGAGGCGAAUAAACAAUACCACAUAAAUUGCCAAUUUAAAGUAAGUUUUUUGAAAAAAAGAGCAUGCGAGGGAAAUUUUAUUUUAUUUAAUUUUCAGUUUUUUCAUUGUUUUCAUAUAUUUUUUUUGAAAAUUAUAUUAUUUAAAUUUCUGACUCUCCAAUUGAAAUGAGGAUAUACAAAUUUCUUCAAAAAUUCGAAUUUUCUGUAAGUUUUCUAUAAUGUAAAUGUUUUAUUUCCAGAUUUUUACAAACUUCUUUUCUUCCGAUAUAUUCAGGAUCUUACCCUAUAAAUUCAAAAUGUUGACUAUAAAGUUUUUUUUGAGUUCUAGAAUACAUUUUUGAUUUCUUAAAAAAUUUUGGAAUAUUUUUGUCAAACUGAAAAUCACUAAAUUAAAAGCUCACAAACAUUAAAAAUAAAGAAAACUUCAGAUGCCACGUGGAUUUUUAACUAGGAAUGACAGUUUUUAAUUUUUCAGCCAAAAGUUGGUCCUGAAACGAAGAUAUUGAGUCAUGUACCUUUAAAUUGAGCUCUUAGGGUCCCACCACGAAAAAAUCCAAGUUUUCUGUGGAAAAUGGUAUGGGAUUGUACAUUUUCCGGGCAAGAUUUGGUCCUGAAACGAAGAUUUGUGGUUCACACUGGAUUUGAAGACUUUCAUCUUGAAAAAGUUUGUGAGCUUUUGAUUCAGAUUUUCCUCUGAUGGUUUUCAUUUUUUUUAGAACUCAAAAACUGUCAUUUUCUAUUUCAAAUGACCCCCAAAAUAAAUCAUUUUCAGGAUUGUCAAUAUUCCAUCAAAUGGCGUCCAAAAUUCGGAAAACUCCGCCUCCUCGACCACGUUCUCACGCAUUUGCCACAAAAACUCAUUCGAUGCCACAAUUGCGAUUUCACAUGCCAAACUUCUCGACAAAUUCGAUAUCAUUAUAAGAAACAACAUCAAAUGAAGAACAAAGUGAAUGGAUAUGGAAUUUAUGAGUGAGUUUUUUGCCUAGAUUUUGAUAAGAAUCAAACAGAAUCGAAAUUUAAUUUAAGAAUGUUCAGUUUACGAGUGGAAAAUGAUAAAACAAUCAGCCAAUGUUGGGAAUCUUGCUUUAAAGGUGAUUUGAUUUGAUUUUAAAAAAACAGAAAAAAAUUUAUUGAUUUUUUCCAGAUAAACUGGAUAUUAUUGGAAAAGCUGUUUUGAAAGCCGCUCGACGUCGAUCUUAA